AUGUCGGGCGAAACACCCAGCGCCAAGGACGCUAACGCAGCCAUCAUGUCCUCUGCGCACACGGUCGAGGGCAUGGACCGCGCCGAAGACGCCAACGCCCGCGUCAUGAUGAAGCUCUCGACCAACGCCAAGCGCGGCCUCGGCGGCGUCGUAGCGUGCGCGCUCGCGCAGGUCAACGACGGCUCUGCCCACCGCGAGUGGGCGCAAACAUACUUUCGCUUCCUCAUGGAGCAGUGCUUGGACCUUCCAUUUCACAUGAUUGAAGGUCUUCUCCCGAUCGUCGCCAUGGAGCGGGCGCGGUCGUCGCGGGACAGGGCGGCCAUGCUGGUCGACGACACUGCCGAGGACCACGUCUCCUUGACCCUCUCGCCGCGCACGCUGCGCGAGACGCCCAUGAACAGUCGGCCCUUUGUCGCGCUUGUGGAAGCCGACAUUUCACGCGACGAGCUCAUCGCAGUUUUUCACUACAUGCUCUGGAAGACGACGUACACGGUCGGGUACGACGCCCGCGCACGAAGCAUGUUUCGUUUCCUCGUGCACGAGAUCCACGAGCUGCCUUGGACCGUCAUCGCGUCCGAAGAGUCGGCGCUUGGUAUGGCGCUCUUCCUCGAGGCGAAUGAGCUCAAGAGCCGCAAGGUCGAGAGCCCGCGUCGGUGGGGCGACUGGAAGCGCAACCUCAAGAUCGGCACGGCCGCUGUCGCCGGCGGCACGCUGCUCGCGCUCACGGGCGGUCUCGUGGCCCCGGCGCUCGCAGCGGGCUUUACUGCGCUUGGCGGCGUCGGCGCAGUCGUCGGGACAGCAUUAGCCUCGGCGGGCGGGGUCACGGCCGCCACAGUGCUCUUUGGCACAGCCGGCGCAGGCCUCGCCGGCUACAAGACCGAUCGGCGCACGUCGGGCAUCAAGCAGUUUGAGUUUGAGCUCUUGACGGCCGGGAGUGGCAUGAACGUGUACAUUUGCAUCUCGGGCUGGCUCGAGAACAACUCGGAGGCCGACUUUAAGCGGCCGUGGGGCACGCCGCGCGAGUACCUCCACGCGUUUUACAAGCAGUUCAACCCCGAGAAGAUAGCGUCGAUCGAUGCGAUGCUCGUGCGCUUCCGCGGCCGCGAAGACGACCUCUUUGCCUCGCUCCGGCGUCAAUACGGCUUGGCCCCCGACGAAGACCCCGUGGGCGUGCGUCUCGAGACCGUAGCGGACGCCAAGGACGCACCGACGCCCGACCAGCUCCGCGCGUGGCAGUGGAAGCACCGCAUGCCCCACGGCGACCAGUUUUGUCUCAAGUGGGAGAAGGACGUCUUGCUGCGCUACGGCACGUGCAUUCGCAGCUUCACGUCCAAGAUGGUGCUCGGCUACGCGCGCGGCGAGAUUGUCAAGUACACGGUGUUUGCGACGCUCUUUGCGGCCGCGGCGCUGCCGACCAUGGUCGUCAACGCGUGCAGCUUCAUUGACUCGGAGUGGACCAUGGCCAUGAGUCGCGCCGACAUGUGCGGGAAGCUCCUCGCCACUGCGCUGUUGCAACGCGAGCAAGGUUUGCGCCCCGUGAGCCUCGUCGGCUAUGGCAUGGGCGCGCGCCUCAUUUUCGCAUGUCUCAAGCACCUUGCUUCCGAAGAUGGCGUGGGUCUGAUUGAGAAUGCAGUCUUGCUCGGGUGCCCGAUCCCGGUCGUCGAAGACGACUGGGCGUCCGCGCGCAAGGUCGUAGCUGGCCGCCUUGUCAACGGCUACUCGGAGAACGACUGGAUGCUCGCGGUCAUGUACCGCUACCAGGGCUGGGCGCUGGACUCGGCGGGUAUUAGCCCCAUUGAGGUCCACGGGGUCGAGAAUGUGGAUUUGAGCCAAGUCAUUGGCGGGCAUCUCGAGUACCCGACCAAGAUUGGGCUCAUCCUGGAUCUGCUGCACUUGGAAGACUAG